AUGCUGCUCUUCCUUGCAACCGCCCUUCUGGGAUGGACCUUGUACAGCCUCCUCUGCCUUCUCGCCAACGUCCGCCGCGCCCAGAACAUCGGCAUCCCAUACCACAUUGUCCCCGCGAGUCCCGUCAAUCCCCUCUGGAUCCUGUUGGAGCCCGUGAUCUUUUUCUUUUUGGAUCUCCUUCCCUUUCGAUUCGGUCGCAUCCAUCACUAUGCCCGCCGGACGUGGCAGUUCGCCGACAAGGCCCAGUCGCAUCUUCGCCUGGGGGAUGCCUGGGCGAUUGCCACGCCCGCAGAAGUGUUUGUCUACAUCUGCGACGCCGACGCCAUCCUCGAUAUCAUUGCCCGUCGCGCUGACUUUGUUCGCCCAAUCGAGCUCUACACACUGCUGAAUGUGUUUGGCCCUAAUAUCUCGACGACAGAAGGCGCCGACUGGCAGCGGCACCGUAAGAUCGUCGCCGCCCCCUUCAACGAGAGCCUCAACAGCUUUGUCUGGCGCGAAGCCCUCAACCAGGCCCAAGGCAUGCUGGCCACGAGGACGACCGGGCCCUUCGGAGAGCUAGGAGAAGACACGCGCACGCUGGCCCUGAAUGUCCUUGCCGCGACCGGGUUUAAGCGCUCCACGCCUUUCCAGACCAGCCGGGCGGCGCAUUCCCAGGACCCACGCUCCUACUCUGAAUCGCUCAAGACCGUCAUGCUGAAUACGUUUGUCAUCAUGCUGAUCCCCCCUGCAAUCCUCAAGCUCCCGUUCCUUCCGCGCUGGUGUCAACGUGCCGGGCAGGCAGUCGAGGACUUUAAACAGCAUAUGCUGGAUAUGUUCAAUACGGAGAAGACCCUGCUUGAGCAGGGCAAGCCAGGCACCGGCACGCUCAUGUCGUCCUUUGUGCGCGAGUCCGCCGCGCCCAAUGCAAAGAGCACAAGCACAAGCCCAAGCCCAAAGACCGUGCUCACCCUGGACGAGAUCCUAGGCAAUAUCUACGUCGUGAAUUUCGCCGGCCAUGACACAACAGCCGGGACACUCACAUACACCCUCUUCCUGCUCGCCGCAUACCCCGACAUCCAGCAGUGGGUCGCGGAGGAGAUCCGCACCGUCUUUCCAGAUCCUAACCCAGACACCUGGGACUACAAGGAGGCGUAUCCCCGACUGAAGCGCUGCCUGGCGCUAGUGCUCGAAACCGUCCGCCUCUACCCCCCCAUCCUCGCCCUCCCCAAAUCCGUCGCAUCGCCAACAGGAACAACCCUCCGCCUCCCCGAGAGCCGCCGCACCCUCACCCUCCCCCACAAGACCAUCGUCCUCCCCAGCCUCCUCGCCGCCCAAAUGCACCCGAAAUACUGGCCCGACGAGCCCAACACCUGGAACCCGCGCCGGUGGAUCAAAACCGCACACGAACACGAAGCCAACCACAAGGACGCAGACGCAGCACAAUCCCAACCCGCGACCUCGCCCCUCGCGCACCAUCUCGCGCAUGAAGAACUCAUGGACCCGCGCGCAGGCUCCUACCUCCCGUGGUCGGCAGGCGCGCAAGUCUGCGCGGGGCGCAAGUUCGCACAGGUGGAGAUCGUGGCCGUCGUGGCGGCGCUGUUCCGCGGACACCGACUGCGGCCUGUGCUCGAGGAGGGGGAGGGGGAGGACAUUGAGCGCGCGCAGAAGAGGCUGUUGCGGACGACGCAGGAUAGCUAUCAGUUGCUUGUGAUGCAGAUGCGGGAUGCGGAUGGGACGCGGUUUGUUUGGGAGCGGACGGGGAGCGGGGAAUGA